CUGAUUUCAGACGUUGUAAAUGAUGGAAGAGUUCCUUAAGAAUGAGUUAUCAUUCGAGUAUGUUAAACCCACCAGCUAUUCAGGUGGAGGCUGCAUUAAUAACGGGCGCUCUUAUGACACAGACAAGGGGAGAUUUUACCUCAAGUACAACAAAAAGAAGGGGUCACACACUAUGUUCAAAGGGGAGUUUAUUAGUUUAGAAGAAAUUGAAAAAACAAACACGAUCAGAGUUCCUCACCCUGUGUCUGUUUUUUCUCAGUCACCAUCUGGAUCAGCUAUUCUUAUUGAGCAUCUAGAUAUGAAAAGUUUGCGCCGCAAAGAAGCAGAACUUGGCACUAAAUUAGCUCAGAUGCAUAAAUUUAAUAUAACAAAUGGGGAAGUCAAAGAGUUCGGUUUCAAAGAUACGACGUGUUGUGGGUUUCUUCCUCUAGACAAUACGUGGAAAUCAGAUUGGAUUCAAUUUUAUGCCGAGAACAGAAUUAAGCCGCAAGUUGAUAUGCUAAUGGACAAGCGUGGAACGAACAAUGUGGGUGAUUUGAGGAAUCUGUAUGAGCUGCUGAUUCGAAAGAUGCCCAUUUUUUUCAAAGAUAUCGAAUUGAAGCCAUCCCUUCUGCAUGGAGACCUGUGGUCUGGAAAUGUGGGUGAAACAGACACAGAAGCUAUCAUUUAUGACCCUGGCUCUUUUUAUGGUCAUUCCGAAUUUGAUUUUGGAAUAGCGACUAUGUUUGGUGGUUUUUCGCGCAAGUUCUACGACGCCUAUUUUGCAGUCAUGCCGAAAGAGAAAGGGUUUGACCAGCGGAACAGUUUGUAUGAGUUGUUCCACAAUUUGAAUCAUUGGAAUCAUUUUGGAUCUGGAUACCAGUCUGGAUCUAUUUCAAUUAUGGAACAAUUGACUCGAUGAGAAAAUAGUUUUUCGGUGCUACAUAACUUUAUUGAACAAAUCGUUGAAAAAAUAACUUUUUUCUUUCCUUUAAAUAUUCAAACCACAAAUGUCGAACCAUAUGAAGUUACAUUUGUGGUUUGAUUAUUUAUAGAGGAAUAGUUUAGUUAUUAAAUUAUUAAUAAAUCGUUCUUUUUUAUCUAAAAUUCUAUAGCUUGUAAAAGCAAAUGA